AUGAGCAGUGCUAUGUACCGCCAUCGACAGAAGACAAUUCCUGUUUUGCCGCAGACGAGAUCGGAAGUGAACCUUCAAGAUUCCUGGACGCAGACAGCAGAUGGUCGACCCUUCCUCCUGUUUUCAGAUGGUGAUGACGAUAAGAUCCUGGCAUUUGGCACCAUGGAUAGUCUUCAGGCCUUGCAGUCUUCUGAAAUCAUCUAUAUGGAUGGAACCUUUACUGCCUGCCCUGAGAGAGAGUUUCCGACUGCUGAAGUGAAGGGUUGCUUCUUCCACUACUGUCAGGUCAUUUGGAGGAAGGUCCAGGAUCUGGGACUUGCUGUUGCUUACAGAGAGGAUCUGGAAAUAUCCAGAUGGGUAAGAAGAGAGGCUGGACUACCCCUUUUACCCCAGAACAGUAUCCAGGACACAUGGGUUGACGCCAUGGACGACGCUCCCGAUGUACCAAGAGCGGCCACCUUCAACGAUUACAUGGUGACUACCUGGGUCGACAACGACGCAAGAUUCCGUCUGCCACUGUGGAACCUGUGGAACCUGUGGGCUGAAAACACCAAUGCAGUUCCUUGA